UAGGGUCAGAAUUCCGAUUUUUUCCAGUAGAGAUUUUCGGGAGAGAAUUUCGCCAAAAGUCACAGUGUAGGAUUGGAAUCGUAAAAGGUAGUGUUCUCUAUUCAGUUUUUCACGCUGAUUCCGGAUAUCAUCUCGGUGGCCUUCCAAAGAUCUCAGGGACUGAGAUAUUGCAUUUUUUUUGAAAAGUUAUGAUUUUUCAGAAAAAGAGCACCUCAUAAUGUUUUGAAGUUUUUUCCAUGAAGAAGUGGACUAGAGGGGUUUGAAAGAACAUAUUCGUGAUCCCUCUUGUAUUUUGGCUCAAUAAAGAAGAUCAAAAACAGUCGACGGCGAACAACUAAUAUGAACACAUUUCUGUUCAGAACUUAAUACUAUGAUCAAUAGUAUUAGCUUCUACUGCUUAAACUAUUUUUAUUCUAUUGCAGCAAAGAUGAUUUUAACAAAUUUCCACAGACACUAAUUGAAUUUCAAGAAGAACGUACAGCUGAAUGUGGUCAAAAUAUUAUCGAUCCUUAUAGAGGUGGUCCAGUUCAUUAUACGGGAGUUUAUGGACGGAACGAAAUGAUCGUAGGAGAUGUUGACACAAAAGCAAAAAGAAAAGUGUAA